AAAAGCCAGCAAGGAGAGGGCUGAUGUUGCAAAAACACACAUAGCCAAAAGGUCCUGGGUACUAGAGAUAUAAACAUGUGCCAGGAUGGUACCAAGAACGCUCGGAUACGAGCACAUUCCACACAGAUAACAAGGCACAUGCUGACCCAUCUUAAAGACAGGGGCAAAAGGGUAAUAUGAUGGAUGGGGUUGUUUUGCUCUAACCAACAUGAACAAGGUGAGAGGCGGCACCUUACUACGUAGAGGGGUUGUACCUCAAUACGUCAGGAGUGAGGUGUAACUUGUUUGUACCUGUGCAUAAGACUUUACCCCGAGGAUAUGUCUUUGUCUGGCCUAGGGGGCAGUGGUAAAUCACGCCAUGGACUGAGCCAGUCCAUUGUCAGGGAGCACAUAUGUACUAGCAGAACUGUAGACAUCUGCUCCGGGACGCUAGAGACUGUGUUUCGUUUGGCAAUAAACCUGGCUCGGGUGCCUUCGUACCUCAUCGGAGUCUGUGGUCCUUGGGGCUUCUCUCGGGGUCUGCUGUGCCAGCGAUCUGCGCAGAGCCGGGGCAGCACGCAGAGGGAACACACGCACGCAGCUGACUGUUAUCAACAUUGGACACAGCAGAGCACCACACCGGUGACGUCUGACAACGUUGGUGAUCCCGACCGCUGAUCUGGCACAUGAAAACGUGAGCGAUGGAUCCCUGCGAGGUGGACAGAUCAGGGUGACGGCUGCUGACCGGCUCCCAGCCCCGGACACCUCGCGUCACCUGCCGACAUGUCUGAAGGGCUCUCUCGCAAGGUCCCAGUGACGUUUGACGACGUUGCCGUCUAUUUCUCUGAGGAGGAGUGGGAGAUUUUGGCAGAGUGGCAGAGGGAGCUUUACAAGGAGGUGAUGAAGGAGAACCUGGAGACUGUGCUUUCUCUAGGAUUCCAGAUCCCCAGGCCUGGCGUCGUGUCCCUGAUGGAGCAAGGAGGAGAGGCCUGUGUCCAGUAUCCCAAGGACCCUGCACCUGAGACCCACUUUGGGGGAGACGGCUUGCUAGGCCCUGACCAAGAAGCGGACGCCAUCGACCGGGUUGCUGAGCAGCCUAGAGAAGCCCCUUCUCUCCCCAGCUGUGAUGCACGUGUCCAGGGGGGCUGGAGCAGCUGCAGUGAGUUUGGACCACGGGGGCAGCCUGGGUUACUGGGCCACUGGGGAGCUGGCUCUGGAGCAAUGCACGACGGGCGCGAAGACACCUCCGGGCUGCAGCCGAACCAGGCAGAGGAGCAGCCGCGCCUGCGCCCCAGGGGCCAGGGCAGCGUGGCCCCACAGCACCGCCCGGGCGGUGAGCAGGAGGCGAGGUCAUUGCAGCGCCCGCACUGCGUGAAGAGCUUCGCCCCGCGGCCCAGGCUCGCCGAGCACCUGCGGACGCACUCGGGUGACAGGCCCUUCAAGUGCCUGGACUGCGGCAAGACCUUCGGCAAGCGCUCGGCCUUCGUGGUGCCCUGCCGCAGCCACACGGGCCAGCGCCCCUACCCGUGCCCGGCCUGCCAGCAGCGCUUCAGCCACCGCUCCCGUCUCCUUGCGCACCAGGGCACGCGCACGGGCGAGGAGCCCCACGCCUGCGCCCAGGGCGGGAAGAGCUUCGUCAAGCGGCGCACGCACACCGGGGAGAAGCCGUACCGCCGCACCACGUGCGAGAGGACCUUCAUCCUGCGCUCCAACCUGGUGCCGCACCUGCGCACCCGCUCCGGCGAGCGCCCCUACCGGAGCGCCCAGGGCCAGAAGGGAUUCAUCCGCCACCAGCGCACCCACACCGGGCACGGGGAGCGCCCCUACCGCUGCCUCAAGUGCGGCAAGGGCCUCCACCAGCCGACCAACCUGGCCACUCACCAGUGGACUCACCUGGCGGAGAGGGCCCUGCCGUGCAGCCAGCCGGGCCGGGCCUUGCUGAGCCCCAGGGAGAGCUGGGAGCAAUGUUCCCUCUAAAUUUUUGACAGGCCGUGUGCGCAAAAAAUUUCUUCUGUGCAAAUGGCUGUGCGCGCGGUGUGUCGCCGUGUGCGCGGGGUUUGGGAUCUGUGUGCGCACGCACAUGCGCACAGCUUGGAGGGCACGGGGCCUAGGAGGGAAGCAGCCGACGCGGUCGGAGGCUGGCGGAGCCGGCUCCGGUUCAGCCAGGCCUGCAUUCCUCUGGAAACACCAACAGGCUCCUAGGUGGGCAACACUCAGCCAAGCAGCGUACCUUACCCAGCAGCCAGAGCGCGGCUCGGCUGAGCACCCGCACGGGCCUCUCUGCAAACUGGUGUGAGCACACGCAUGGUCCGGUCCUGCUGCUCUGAUUAUUGCUUUGUACUGCAGAAUCAUGGUCCUAGGCCAGGGGCUAGGCGCUGUACAACACAGAUCAGAAAGGCCAUCCCUGCCCCAAUGAGCUUACUUCUAAGAGAGGAGAAAACAAACAGCUGCAGACAGACAGGCGGGGAGCACAGGGAAACAAUGAGACAGUCCUGGUCAGCAGGAUCAGCAGUGAGCUCAGCACCCCCACUGCCGAACCAAACCGGUGUCAAGUUUCCUAGAGAGUUUUCCUCUCCCACAGUGUCAAUACCUUCCAUCUGUCUCUGCCCUUUACCUCCUCCGUUGCAGCGAGCCACGCACACAGGCUGGGCGUCUCUAACUCCUCUCUCCCUCUCUCUCCCCUUCUGGCAGUUGUAAAGCCCUCAUCACUGCAAACCCCACCCAAGGAAGGGCUCAGUCAUAGUUUACCUGCAUCGCACUCUGCCUGAGCUACCAAACAUUAGCCAGACUGGGGUGCUGCUCUUUCUCCUGGGCAUGUGUCUUUGAGUCCUGUUGCUCUCUGGGAGGCUGGCUGUGCACUGCAGAUGCAUUAGGUCCUCCAGCUGGGCUCUCCGUGUGGGCACCAUAGCACGUGUUUCACAACCACUCUGCUGGCACCCUGCACUUCUUUAGUUUUUGCUCACCUCACAACAAGCUACCUCAACAACCAAGCUAAAGCUACCUCAGCCCCCUUCUGUUCCCGGCAUCUCUCCUUGCACAUGUUCCUCUCUGUGGAGUCUUCUCGCAGCCAACGUGUCGCCAAAGGGCUGCUCCCAAACACAGCACAGGCUCGGCAUCAGUCCUUACCAAUGGGGGACAUCCAGCCCCAGGACAAUAUACAGCCACCGUUUCCUGGUGUGGGUGCCACCUGCACAGGACCCGCUUGGUCCGGCCAGUUCAUCUCCCCUACCCCUGCUAGGCAGGCAUGUUAAUCAACGGCCUCCUGUUGUUACAAGGCUGCUGUGGGAGACCCCCUCGGAGGCUAGCAGAGUGUUAGGGAUCCGGCCCGCGGGCCGUAGUUUGCCCAUCCCUGCCCUAGGAGGUUAGCAGAGUGUUAGGGCCUUUUCACUCACCCUUAGGACACAGGAUGACAAGAUGUCUCUUGGCUCCCAGCUAUAUGAACCUGUAAUAUCCAAAUGCAAUUGACGUCACCCGUUUUACUGGGAUCCUCCUCCAUUUAGAACCCAAAAAGUCAGCGACAGAAGGACCUAGUUAAAUCACAUCAUGUUUAUCCCAGCGGACAACACAAAGCUGUUCCCCGUUCCAUAUUUUCCAUGCCUUUGCCAGGCCAGUCUUCAGUGGUUCCAGAGACAGGGCUUCCACUGCUGCUCUUGGGGAACCCCAUGCGCUGGGUGUCCCUAAAGCUCUGACUGCCAGAAGCCGGGAUUGAACAGCAGGGGAUGGAUCACUCAAAAAUUGCCCUGUUCAGUUCACUCCCUCUGAAGCAUCUGGCACUGGCCGCUGUCACAAGACAGGAUACUGGGCUAGAUGGACCAUUGGUCUGACCCAGUGUGGCCGUUCUUAUGUUCUUAAACUAGUCCCCAAUGUAACAGAAGUCAGGGGUAAGACGCUUGUGUCCUUAGAGCGUUGAGAAGCUAUCGGGGGCAGCAAUGAGCACCAGUUUUCUAUGCAGACCUGGCCAUGCAGUCUCUGCAGAGUCAAAGACCAACACAGGGUGGGUUCCCCCAUCGCGCUGCUGUUCACAUUUUGCUAAGUUCUUGCCGUUUUCAUGCUCUAGCUGUCCUGUAACAUAGGGAGAGACACAGCCCAGGGAUUAGGCCACUAGAAACAGCUGAGUUCCAGCCCUGGCUCUGACAGUGAUACCUGGGGCAAGUCACUUAACCACUCUGUACCUCCACUACUUCCUCUGUAAAAUGGGGGUGAGGAUAUUAACCUUGGGGGAGAGAUGUCAUGUAGAGUCAUUAGGGUUUGUACCAUGUUACCGUGCUUGGCUCAGGUCUAUGAGGGACAGGGAGGGUCAAUUCCACUGAAAUCCACAGAGCUGCCUCAGUUUCUGGCCAUAGAUCAUUUGGCCCUGAAUCGCUGCGGUUUCAGGAAACAGAGGGAAUCUUCAGUGAAAUUACUAAGCGGAAGGAUGUUUCAAAACAUGACAUUUUUGAAUAACAGGGAGUCCACACUGUGUUUACAGGCAGAAAAUGCAAAAUAGUCAUUAUUAUUAUGAAUCAUUAAUACUAAUAACAACAAACAGACAAAAUGAUGCUUGUUACAUGGCUGUUUGAGGGGUGCAAGGUAGGAAUAUUGCUUUACUUACCUCCCCCGACUUUAUUUCUGGUACUAGACUGUUUGCUAUGCCAACAUUUCUGUGAGCACAGAUUCAUUUCUAGGUUUCAGAGUAGCAGCCGUGUUAGUCUGUAUUUGCAAAAAGAAAAAGAUUUGAUUUGAUUGGGGAUUGGUCCUGCUUUGAGCAGGGGGUUGGACUAGAUGACCUCCUGAGGU